AUGGCCAAAGAAUCAAUUAGUAGUAUGCUUGAUAUUGCCGGAAGACCUUCUCUCUUAAAGCCUCUUCUCCAUCUCUUGCGACACCUUUCCCUCGAAGGAUCGAGUUUGAAAGCUAUGAUUGGUAUCCCUAUGAGCAAGACGCUAGGCCAAGAAGCCCAAGGAACAGGGCUGACAGCAACAUCAUUAAUCGAACGAGUCAGGAUGAGAAUUUCACAUGGUACCGUCACUGCUUCUUUCUGUCCAACUCUUUAUGCAAUUGAUGUAAUAGCCAAUAAGGCCAUGGCAUCCUCGUUAUUUUCAUUUGAGUGA